ACACACACACAACACGCCAGGAUCCUCACACUGUACCUGAGCACUCCACUCCACGCAGCGACCACCCACGCUGGGAUCCAGUGCGCGCAAGAGACCGACAGAGUGGACGGAACCCACUGCUUUCCACAGCUGCACAGCUCCUUGGAGUCUCUUCAUCAUCUUCCUCCCACCAACACCCCAUCAGCAUCCUCAUCAUCAUCCUCAUCCUCAUCACAGUCUCUUCAAGCCAGUUAGAUCAUGAACCUGCUCUCUUCUGGUUGCUAAGGAGGGGAAAUCGAGCUCCGAGGAGUGGACGAGGCGGUACUUACUAAGAGACAGAAAGAGAGAACAAGAGACCAAGCAUGGCCCAGGCCUCUCAGGACCAAGGUGCAGUGGGCAUAGCCGACCCAGAUGAGGAUUCACCCAACAUGAUUGCUUACAGAAAGAUUGAGGACAUCAUCACACGCCUCCAAGAUGAAACUGAAGGUGUGCCUGUCAGAACGGUCAAGAGCUUCCUGUCCAAGAUUCCCAGCGUUGUUACAGGUUCUGACAUUGUUCAGUGGAUGAUGAAGAACCUCAACAUAGAUGAUCCUGCGGAGGCCAUACACAUCGGCAGCCUGAUCGCCUCCCAAGGCUACAUAUUCCCUAUCUCUGAUCAUGUUCUCACCCUCAAGGAUGAUGGGACGUUAUACCGCUUUCAGGCUCCAUACUUUUGGCCCUCUAAUUGCUGGGAGCCAGAGAACACAGACUACGCCAUCUAUCUGUGCAAACGGACCAUGCAGAACAAGACCCGGCUGGAGCUGGCGGACUAUGAGGCGGAGAAUCUAGCGAGACUACAGAGGGCUUUUGCAAGGAAGUGGGAGUUCAUCUUCAUGCAGGCUGAGGCACAGGUCAAGAUCGACAGGAAAAAAGACAAAACGGAGAGAAAGAUUCUGGAUAGUCAAGAGAGAGCCUUCUGGGAUGUUCACCGUCCUGUGCCUGGGUGUGUCAACACCACAGAGAUGGACAUCAGGAAGUGCCGCCGCCUGAAGAAUCCUCAAAGGGUGAAAAAGUCAGUGUAUGGGGUAGUGGAUGACACACAGACUCAGAGUCCUGUACACACACCCUCCCAGCCGAGCAGCAAGGACACCAGAGAGGACGUAGAGAAAGAGAUUCUGUUCUUGAACACACAGUUGGAUCGACACUGUAUGAAAAUGUCCAAAGUCGCUGAGACAUUGAUGAGCUACACAGAGCAGUAUCUUGACUAUGACCCCUUUGUGACCGUACCGGAUCCAGCUAACCCCUGGAUCAGUGAUGAUGUCACUUUCUGGGAGCUUGAGGCCAGUAAGGACCCGAGUCAACAGCGAGUAAAGAAGUGGGGCUUCUCAUUGGACGAGGCUUUAAAGGACCCAGUGGGCCGUGAGCAGUUUCUUAAAUUCCUGGAGUCCGAAUUCAGCUCCGAGAACCUGCUGUUCUGGUUGGCUGUGCAGGACAUGAAGUGCCGCCCCCUGCAGGAAGUGGCAGCUCGUGCUCAGGAGAUCUGGCAAGAGUUUCUUGCUGAGGGAGCUCCCAAUGCCAUCAAUCUGGACUCGCACAGCUACGAGCGCACCAGUCAGAAUCUAAAGGACCCAGGCCGCUACAGCUGUGAAGAUGCCCAGGACCACAUCUACAAGCUGAUGAAGAGUGACAGCUACCCUCGUUUCCUGCGCUCCAAUGCUUACCAGGACCUCCUGCUGGCCAGAAAGAAGCCUGAGACUGAGCAAGGUCGACGCACAUCCCUGGAGAAAUUCACUCGCAGUGUGGGCAAGUCUCUGACAAGUAAACGACUGACAGGCCUCAUGCAGUCCUCCUGACGAGUUCUGCAGUUUGCAGUUUGUUGGGGUGGAAGGAUUGUGGCCAUGACAGACCACGUGUAUGGACCACCCUCUCUCCAAAACCCACCCGAACACCGCACAGCUACCGACUCUAGAUGGCAGCAUGCAAUAAGUCCAAAAAAAGAAAAAAUCUCCACACGACGACAGUGCUAUGUCUAUUAAAUCGGUGACUACGAAGACCGCAUACAUGAAUGUCAGAUUUAUCAGUACCAUCUAGAGAACCAUUUUACGUUUAUUUGAUAUCUACAACCAAACUGCAGCAAGGACGGGACUGUCUCCCUGGAUUACUGUUAAAAAAACAUUCAUUGUCAGAUAUGAAAACAAGGUGUGCUGUAAUGUCAACGCUAAGCAUUUAGAUGAAGUGAGGAUGGGUCUCAAAUCUUCAGAGCAUUCCAAAGGAGUGAAGAACUUGACAAGGGCUUUCAGUGACUGUUCCCUCAGUCAAGGUUUGCACAGAACUUUUCGCCAUAUAUUUUUUUGUUGGACAGUCAUUGAAUAUGAAGAAUGAAAGUGGAAACGAAGGGGUUUGGAAAAGCACAUUAUUACUCCUGCCAUUUUGAAGAAACUAGGAUUAUACUCACCUACUGUAUUAGCACAUGAUACUUCUAACUGAGAUGAGAAAAUAAUGAAGAGCGAUACCUUUUAGACUCAGUUUUAUUGAGGAAAAAUAAUAAAAAGUGGUAGUAUUUCAGGAUGAUUCAGAGCACAGAAUAUUGCUUUUGCACAAAAACGGCGCCAGUGAGGAAUGCUGGAUCCCGGAGAUGCAAGUCCUGCUUUGUCAGUGUGUUUCCUGAACAGCUUUACAGCAAAAUGUCCAAACAAAUAACAAAGUUAAAUGAUUUAGGAGCAUCUAUGGAGGCCUAUUUUAUAACAUUAAAAAAAAUCUAAAUUGACCCUUCGCAAGGGGUGUGAUUGACAGGCGAUCUGACUAAUCAUAACGCCGAAUCCGCCAUUUUUGUCCGACAAACAAACCAGGCAGGAGAGUAGAUUAACUUCGGUGGACUUGAACUUGAAAAAUGGUGUGUAUUGACGUCUUUCCGCGGAUGAAACAAGAUACCUUCUGAGUUCUAAUGUUCUUUUAUGUUGAUUUCAUGCUAUAAAUACGCGGUUCACAUACCGCUUGAACUGAGGCACUACAGCGAUCUGUCACGACAGCCACAAAACAGCAUUUAUUGUUUUGAGUUUCUUAAAAAAUUACAAAAUUUUAAAGCUGAGACUUUGUUUCAUACCAAAACUAACCUGCUCUGUCUUAUCUGUCAGCGCGUUGUCAGUUUCCUCUUUGCUCCACGAUGUAUUUUCACUGCGUGAGAACAUGAUGUGUGGCGUUAGAGCGCCAUGGCUUGUCGAACAACAGUAAUGAAGGGGGGCGGGUCUUUGCGAAGGGUCGAUUAUGACAUAAAUUGAAAUUAUGAGAUUCAAUGAUGAGAUUUCAUAAUAUCUUGAGGGAAAAAGUCGAAAAUACAUCAUUAGAUUAAAAAAAAGUCAAAAUCUAUAACAAAAAGUUAAAAUGAUGAAAACUGACAAAAAAAUAAUACAAUUGACAAAAAAUAAUAAUGACGACAAAAAUGUAAUCAUUUUGAUUUUAUCUCAUAGUUAUGACUUAGUAUCUCAUUUUGACUAUUUAGUUUAUAAUUAUGACGGGUCAAAAUGAUGUGAUACUAAGUCAUAAUUGGCGUUAAGUCAUAAUUAUUACAAAAAUGUCAACUUUUAUGACUGAGUGUGUCAUAAUUGUGAUUUACCAAAGCAAUUUUUUUUCUUGUGUGGCAGAAAUGGGGUUCCAUAAGCAUCUGAUAUUACUGUAUGUUUGAAACCAAUACAUUGGUCCUUAUAAACUAUGUUUGUCCCUUGCUUUAAUGAAUGGUAUUGUAGUGUAGAAUGUAAGCGCUUAAUGUUGCUUUGUGUCGGUGUUGUGAUUAGUAUGAUGAUGAUGAUUUGCUCUGAACACAAACAUAUGGGGAUCACAGCCUUUCACUUUCAACAUAUCAACAGUAGACAAGUGUUUUUGUGGGAUUGCUACCCAUUAGAAAGGUGUUUUUUCAUUGCAGGACACCCAGUCGCAUUUCUGUAUUUUUUGCUUGCGUCGUUUCCUGAAGCAGCAUCACUGCCAGAGAGACAUAGACUUAUACUGCUGGAACACAUGAAUUCUCUCAGUUGUCUUUAGCCCACAUAUUUAAACACAUAUUCAAAUGGCAGAACAGAAAUGUGUGCAGCUGAUAUAGCAUGUUUCCUUUACACAUUUUCAGGUAGUUGAUUUGUUGACUCAUAACUGUACAUUAGGUUGAAAUGGAAUGUAUAGACUUUGCAGCAAUCCUGGAUAUGGAAAAUGCUGUGUAGAAUACUGAACGUGGAAUAUAACUUAGAGGCACAAGUGCCAUAUUCAGCACAAAACUAUGCAUGAAAUAUUUCUAAAGAGUUUUAUUGCUUUUAGGCUUUUUUUUUUUCAUUGGCAAAGAUGAGGAUCCAGUAGGUCAAGAUAAUGGAAAGUAGGACCUGAAGUCCUGAGACAUUCAAUAAACAUUCAGUU